AAAGCAUCGUCAACGCCGAAACCGCCCAGAUCGCAACACCAUUACAUCCAACAUCAUCACUCCUUUUUAAUCAAACACCCCCUGUCAAACACCGUCAAGAUGAGCUUCCUCGGAAUGGGUCGUCCUCAGCCUACCUCGGAGCAAAAGAUUGCUGCCGUGGAGAGCGAGAUGCGCAUGAUGGCCGACACCUACAACCGUCUCCAGAACUCGUGCCAGAAGAAGUGCAUCCCCAACGACUACCGCGAGGGCGAGCUCAACAAGGGCGAGUCCGUCUGCCUCGACCGCUGCACCGCAAAGUUCCUCGACACGUCGAUGAAGGUCAGCGAGAUUAUGCAGCAGCAGGGCCAGGCCCUCGGCGGCCAACAGGGCGGCGGCAUGUUUUAA